AUGUCGUCGAAGCGGUCCAAAGCAACCACCGAAGACGAGCUGGGGGAGCUCUUCGAGGGCAUUGACAACAAUAGCGCAGUGAAGAAGUCCACCAAAGCUAAGAGCGCCACCUCGAAACCGCGGAGUGACAAGCCCUCCAAGGAUAAGAAGGACAUCCUCGCUGAUUUGGAGAGCGAGCUCGGCGGAGAGGAACCCGCACGACCACACACGCCUCGCGUUAAACGCACGAGCGCAGCGACUCCGCCACCCGCGGCCGCCGCCGGUAGGCUCUCCGAAGACAAGCCUACAGCUGCCGCCGCCGCCGCUGCUGCUCGGAAGUCCGCCGAUAGCACUCGUUCUUUCCACGCCAGCUUCACCCCGAGCGCAACUAGCUCCGAUCUCCAAGAUGCCGAGAAAAAGGGUCCGGUCGAGCAGACAACCCCUGCGGCUGCUGCUGAAAGCGGAGGCGGUUGGUGGGGUGGGAUCUUUGCUACAGCUACGGCCACGGCCAGCGCUGCCAUGAAGCAGGCCGAAGCCGCCUACACAACGAUCCAGCAGAAUGAAGACGCUAAGAAGUGGGCUGAACAAGUCAGAGGCAAUGUGGGAGCUUUACGAGACCUUGGCGACGAUCUUCGACAUCGUGCUAUGCCAACUUUUGCCAAUAUUCUACACACUCUUGCCCCACCAAUCUCGUCUCACGAACGUCUCCUUAUUCACAUUACUCACGAUUUCGUGGGGUAUCCCUCUCUUGACCCCCUCAUAUAUGGCGUCUUUGGCCGCGUCAUGUCACAAGUCGAGGGCGGCGAUCUGCUCGUCAUUCAGCGCGGCCACGAGAACACUGCUCGCCGUUCCUCCGACGCCGCCCUCUUCGGCGGUGGCUCCAGUUCGGCGGGCUGGCGUGACGGCCCCUGGUGGCGACAGGUCGACUCACCCCGGGACCUUGGUGCCGUGAAGGGUCUACUCGAGGGAACCAAGCUGUGCCGCGUCAACGCAGAGAGCUAUUCAAACGACUACCUUUCAGCGAGCGGCGGCGUAGUUGAGGCCCAGAGACGUGCGUUAGAACCCCUGAGCGAGGACAACCCCGUCCGGACCAGCGAUAUCUUCCUUGCCGUGCAAGCCAUCAUAGUAGAGGAAGAUCCCGCGCUCUUCGCCGGCAGCACGGCCAAAGAGGCAGAAAAGGACACAAGCGCCGUUGCAGAUGACAGCAGCGACCCGCAGGUCUGCUUCGCUAUCUAUGUUCUUGACCCGGUUCACGAUAUCGUGUACAGCACUCUUAGCCAGAGUAUCCCCCUUAGAUGGAUCAGGUGGCUGGACGCGCCAACCCCGCUCACACCAGCAAGCGAGAGCGAACAGGCCGUCCCCGCCGACUUCAAUGUUCCUGAUGAGAUCCGGGAGAUCGUCGAGAACGGCGGCGUAGACCCGCGCGAAUGGGUCGCUGAGUGGGUCGAAGAGACCCUCAGCCUGUCCAUUGGUGUAGUCGCUCAGAGAUAUGUGGCUCGGCGUAUGGGCGUUGGUGAGGGCGGUCUCGGAAAGGGCAAGCAGAAGAUCGAGACCCUAGUUCAAGAAGGUGCUGGUGAAGCUGCGCGUGCAGGUCUACUGUAG